UGAUAUCAGAGUUGGAGACAGAGCACCAUAUUUGCUUGUGGAAGCAGUCCACAGAGCAGCAGUGAGCUGGGUAGAUCUUGUGUCCUCUUUCGGUUGAGGCUAUCUUCAAGAUGGAAAAGAGCAGGUAUGGGAGUGCUGCCAGCAUGUCUGCCUCCAGUGGGGCUAGCGAAGGCCGCAAACAGUCACCAGGGAGAGGCAAACUUCCCCAUAUUAGGAAGGCCAUCCGGCAGUGUGUCCAGGAAAUUCUACCUUGUAGUGUAAACCAGCUUCUGUCCUCCAUUAUGGUGAAUAAUGUGUUCACCCUUAAUGGGUAUGAAGUUGGCCGUGUCUUGGUUAUUGGAGUUGUCAAGAAGAUUGAGAUCACUUCAAAAUUCAUUUGUUAUAAAAUUGAUGAUAUGACCUCACAGCCAAUUGAUGCAGUUGAGGAUGUUGAUGAGAAGAAUAGUGUGCAGUUGGUGACUGUGUUGAUGGUAGGGGCCUAUGUGAAAGCGUUGGGCAUUCUCUAGUGAUCCAGUGGAACCAAUAGUCUUAAGAUAGCGUGUAUCCACCCGUUACACAUGAAUGAGCUCACCAUCCAUGUUCUGGAAACGGUGAGUGCACAUAUGAUUCUGGGAAAAUCCUACCCAGUCUAUAGUGGGAAAAGCCUUGCCUCUGAGAAGCAGCCAGAACUGGCCGGCACCACUGGUGGUGGGAAUGAGGCUAGCAGCUGGGAGAGAGGCGAGAAGAGCCGCAGCCAUGAGAUCACUGGCCAUAAGAGUGGUGGCCACAAGAGCAGCAGCCACGAGAGCAGCCGCGAGAAGAGUGGCCAUAAGAGCAGUGGUAAUGAGAGCAGCUGCAAGAGUGGCGGCAGUCUUGAGUCUCCUCCCGAGUCCACCCACAUGGAGGAGGUGAUGCAUUUGAUUCAGGAAUGCACCCUAGUGGAGGGCAAGAGUCUCAGCCAUCUGCACCGAGAGCUCCCCAGCCCAAGAAAUGAGAAUAUCUAGCAAGCCAUCAAGCAUCUGAUCCAUGAGGGCCAUAUCCACACAACUGUGGAUGCUGAGCAUUUCAAAUCUGCCCUUAGAGAAAAUGAAGCAAAUAUUCAUCAUCCAGAUGCCCUUCCCUCCUGCCCUUGACAUGCUGACUUUUCAG